AUGGGAGAAGGGGCUCAACGAAAGGAAACAAGCUAUCGAUCCGCGUGCACCGAAUGUGCUCGUCGCAAGCAAAAAGUAACCAAGCCUUCUCUGCCAAGUCACUGCAACCGUGAGUGGCCUUGUAACGGAUGCCAGAAACGUAAAGUGGCCGAUAAAUGCCGCUUCAAAGACACCAACCAGCCUGUGACUGAGAGAGUUGCCGUGGAAAGGCAGCGAAAGAAUCGAGUCAACAUCAAAAGCAGCCCCGAAUCUCUCGAUUCUGAGGUUGAGGAUGCAGCCAGUGACGGGAUUGAUGCCCUGGGCUACACGCCUUCACAUCUUCUUUUUAAUCUUACAUCGAGACACGAGGCUAUGAAAUCAACAUCACAGGAGUUUGUGAAAGACCCCACUAGCUUUGCACAGCUAGAACGUGCUCUGCGAACUAUCCCUUCGAAGCCGUACACCGACAUACUUAUUCAGAACUUUCUCAACAAUGUCAACUACCACUACUAUAUUGUCUAUCCGCCAUUGUUUCUAGAGCAAUACCAGCAGUGGUGGGCCUUGCGAGCCGAGAACCGACCACUGAGCGUUCAAUGGACUUGCCUUCUUCUCACGGUUUGUGCUUGUGCAUCACAGUACACCAAUGUUGAACUGCAGGCAAAGCUCGAAGGUGACCUUGGCCAUCCGAUCCAAAAAAUCGCCGAACAGUAUCAUGGUGCUGCUCGAGAAUUGGCAAGCGCUAUCCCGCUGGGCCACAGCCAUCUUAUCAAUAUCCAACAAUUACUGCAUUCUUGCUACUGGUUCAAGUCUGAAGCCCGUUUUGUUGAGUGCUGGCAUGUGCUAAAUGCUGCUAUUCGAGAAGCUCAAGAACUUUCCAUUCACAAAGAAGCCAAGGCUGACUCUCUAUCUGAACUGGAUCUGGAAAUUCGACGGAGAGUAUGGUGCAUCCUUGACACUUGGGACUGGACGCGAAGGCAAAUAUCUACACUCUUGGGCAGACCCCUAAUAAUUGACCGAAACGACUGCGAUGUUAGUCCCCCAAGCCUCAGCUUGGAGGGCUAUCAACAUCCACCCUUGACACAUAUGAAGAUGCAAUCUAGCUUGAUUCAACAGAUUUCUGGAAGAUUUAGGCAUAUCAAGAACGUUGUGACCCACGCAGAUGUUCAGGAAUACCAAAGGAUCGUCGAAGCUUGGAUCAACACCUUCCCUCCCCCUCUGAGUGUUUAUAACCCAGAUAGAUCGUUAGAUGCGUCAUGCCCGUGGAUCAUUAUGCACAGGCAUAGGAUACGUACUGUCGCAUUCACAAUGCUUGUCCAACCUAUUCGAGGCUUUCUGACAAGGCCAUUUGCUAUUCAAUCUAUGGAAGCUGAGCUGCAGAUACGCAGUGAUGGUAUAGAUUAUUGUCUGGAGCUCAUGGUAUCCUUGCGUGGAUUUUUCGAUCACGUAUACCCAAGGGAUGCCAAAUACCAUUUUGUUCUGUUCUGUAUCUUCGACAUCUCAACCGUGUUGUGUUCAGCAAUUCUUCACGAUGAACAGCACACGCUGCCUCGGCGGGACGAUGUUUACAGAGCUAUAGACGAAGCACAUGCUUUGUUGCAAAGUAUGAGAACGGUGGCGAAAUCAGCCAAGGCAUAUGGGAUUCUGACUCGAAUCGUUCAACGUCUUCCAAGGACAACGUCAACAUAUGAAACAACGGCGAAGAGACCUAAGAUACUAGCACCGCAAGUUUCGGAAGUUGUUCCAUCACCACAGGUGACUCCUCUAGUCGGCGGCGCCCCGAAUCAGCAUAAUUCGCCUCCUGCGGCGAAUUUUUCUCCUUCACCGAUAAAUAUACCCACUCCUGGAGUACCAUCUCCGGUGUACUCCUUGGCCAACGGUCCCCCCAUGGCGGGCGACUUUGCACCUCCUGCAGUAUAUGCUGGCCCUCCGCACUGCGGUGACUGGCAGCCGCAGUUGUAUAUGCAGGGCCCGUCAAUGUUUGCGCCCACACAAUUUACUGCUCAGGGUGCCAUAUUUGCGAAUAUCUCGGAUGAGGAGCUUGGCGAGCUGGCAAAUGUUUGGAACUAUCAGUCCCUCGAUUUCAGCUUCAUAAACUCCUAG